AGAGCAAAAUGUCAUAUCCUUGGUUGGUGUUCAGUGAUCGUAUUUAAGUGUUUAGGAAGCCCAUAUUGUGGAAAAACAUCAAUUGUUCAAUCAUUUUGUAGUGGUGGCCGGGACUUCCCAAAGAACUACCUUAUGGUAGCUAUGAUUAUUCAAAUAACAUUAAGAACUCCAGUCCAAGACGGUUGAAUUCGCUGUAAAAACAAUGACAAUACCAGAGGUGGAUGACAGCAUCGUGCGGUAAAGUGAACAGUAAAGAACUUAUUUCCUAGGAAUUGUUCUUAUAUAAUAUCCCAGGCAAAGAAGUUUUUCAGGAUCCCAUGAAUCAUUAUAUUAAUAUGACCAACCUUAUCGUUGUUGUUUUUGAUGUAACUAACCAGGAAAGUUUCUCCAGUGCAAAGCUUAUCCUGAGAGAAUUACGGAAACCUAAUAAUAUACGUAUACCGGUCGUUCUUGUGGGCAAUAAAACAGACCUGAAAGAGAAGCAGAUCAACAAUGUGGAAAAAGCCCAAGGGUUAGCGGAUGAUCUAAGCAUUCCGUAUUUCGAAACUUCUGCUUGUGCACCAUUCGUAGUACAUACUGAUUCGGAAAACAUCUUUUAAAUAUGUAUUCUCAUAUCAAGGAAGCAGUUGGUAUUGAUGUCCCUUUUCUACAUCUCAUUAAGGAAUAUUAUGAACUGUACAAUGAUGCAGUCAAUGACUAUCAAACUUUAGUAUAAUUACUAUAUAUAUCUUCAAUUGAUGUAACACGUGUUUUUUUUCACUGACGGUUGGGAU